AACUUGAAACAGACAUUAUUGUCACGCUGAAACUUACUGCCACCAAAAACUUAUUGUCACACUGAUUGGAUACAAGUCGCGGUUUGUAUAUCGUCUAAAAUCCAAAUAAACUGUAAAAAAGUAGUCCAUUGGCACGUAAACAUCGUUGAAGAAGCCAAUGCUGCAUCAUGCCAUGACCGGCUGACGGCUAAUACAUAACUUGUGGAUUCAUGAUGGCCAAACAAAGCUUGGCCCUUCAAUCAAUGCCAUGACAGAUACCUAUGAGUACUAUAUAGGAGGCCAACAAACAAGUUAAUCACUCUUCGCUAAGUAAGUAAGAAUUGUGGUUGCCACUCGGCACUCGCCACCAUGCUCCUCGUCGGCGUCCUCCUGCUGCUCUUCUUCAACCUACAUCUCCCCACGGCCGCCAUUGACACCCUCACGCUAGGCCAGUCUCUGCUGUGGAACCAGACGCUGGUCUCCAAUGGCGGCAACUUCGAGCUCGGCCUCUUCUCGCCGGGAAAGUCCAACAAGCACUACCUUGGCAUCUGGUACAAGAAGAUCUCCAAGAAGACGGUUGUUUGGGUUGCCAACCGUGAGCGCCCGAUUCUUGAGCCGUCGAGCUGCCACCUCGAGCUGAGCGUCCACGGCGAUCUGCGGCUGUUCUCGACGGCGCCGUCGAACACCUUGCUGUGGUCGUCGAACGCGUCCGCGUCUUCCUCGCCGUCGCCCCCGCGCACCACCGUCGCCACGCUCCAGGACGACGGCAACCUCGUGGUGAACAGCAACGCGACGCGGUCGCGGUCGCGAUCGCCGUCGUCGACUACGACGACGCACGUGGCGUGGCAGAGCUUUGAUCACCCGACCGACACAUGGCUCCCCGGAGCCAGGCUCGGCUACGACAGGGGCCGCGGCGUCCACAGCUUCCUCACGUCGUGGACGGACUCCGAGAACCCGGCGCCCGGCGCGUUCUCCAUGGUGAUCGACGCGCGCGGGCUGGCCAAGUUCGACCUCCUCGCCGGCGGCGAGCACCGGUACUGGACGACCGGCCUCUGGGACGGCGAGAUCUUCGCGAACGUGCCGGAGAUGCGGUCCGGCUACUUCACCGGCGUCCCCUACGCGCCGAACGCCAGCGUCAACUUCUUCAGCUACCGCGACCGGCUGCCGGGCGCCGUCGGCAACUUCAUGCUGGACGUGAACGGGCAGAUGCGGCGGCGGCAGUGGAGCGAGACGGCGGGGAAGUGGAUCCUCUUCUGCUCGUUGCCCCACGACGCGUGCGACGUGUACGGCUCGUGCGGGCCCUUUGGAGUCUGCAGCAACGCCACCAACCCGGAGUGCCGGUGCCCCGCCGGCUUCGAGCCGCGGUCGUCGGAGGAGUGGAGGCUGGAGAACGCCGCCGGAGGCUGCGUGAGGCGGCACCCUCUCGAGUGUCACGGAGACGGGUUCCUGGCGCUGCCGUACACCGUGCGGCUCCCGAAUGGCUCCGUGGAGGCGCCGGCCGGAGCUGGGAACGACAAGGCGUGCGCGCACACCUGCCUGGUCGACUGCUCCUGCACGGCCUACGUUCACGACGGAGCGAAGUGCCUCGUGUGGAACGGCGAGCUCGUCAACAUGAAAGCCUACGCGGCUAAUGAGAAUGGCCAAGGCGAUCCUGGCCUCGCCGGAGCGGUGCUUCACCUCCGUGUCGCCCACUCGGAGGUUCCGGCGUCGUCGACGGAGCACUCGUGGAAGAAAUCGAUGGUAAUCCUUGGAAGCGUCGUUGCGGCGGUGGUGCUGCUCUUGGCGAGCCUCGUCACCGUGGUGGCGGUGGCGGCGGUGUUGCGGAUGCGGCGUAGGAGGGGCAAGGUGACGGCGGUGCAGGGGUCGCUGCUGCUGCUCGACUACCAUGCCGUGAAGACCGCGACGAGGGACUUCUCGGAGAAGCUCGGGAGCGGGAGCUUCGGCACGGUGUUCAAAGGCGCGCUGCCGGACGGGACGCCCGUGGCCGUCAAGAAGCUCGACGGUCUCCGGCAAGGCGAGAAGCAAUUCAGAACGGAGGUGGUGACGCUCGGCAUGAUCCAGCACGUCAACCUCGUCCGACUCCGUGGCUUCUGCUGCGAGGGAAACAAGAGGGCGCUCGUGUACGACUACAUGGCCAAUGGCUCGCUGGACUCGCACCUGUUCGUCAUGAGCGGCUCCAGCUCCGGCCCCGACUCCAAGCAGGUGACCCUGACUUGGAGCCAACGGUACAACGUCGCGGUUGGUGUGGCACGGGGCUUGGCUUACCUGCACGAGAAGUGCAGGGAGUGCAUCAUACACUGCGACGUCAAGCCGGAGAACAUCCUCCUCGAUCAGGAGAUGGCGGCGAGGCUCGCGGACUUCGGCAUGGCCAAGCUCGUCGGCCGCGACUUCAGCAGCGUCCUGACCACCAUGCGGGGCACGGUGGGAUACCUCGCGCCGGAGUGGCUAGCCGGCACGCCGGUCACCGCAAAAGCCGACGUGUACAGCUUCGGGCUCCUGCUCUUCGAGCUCGUCUCGGGCCGGCGGAACAGCACCGCGCCGUCGUCGUCGUCGGAGGGCGGCCCUGGGAUUUACUUCCCGGUUCAUGCCGUGGUCAAGCUAAACGAAGGCGACGUGGCCGGGCUGGUCGACGAGAGGGUGGCCAAGGAUGCCGACCCGAAGGAGGUUGAGAGACUCUGCAAGGUCGCGGGCUGGUGCAUUCAAGACGAGGAAGGCGACCGGCCGACCAUGGGGCUCGUCGUGCAGCAGCUCGAAGGCAUCGCCAACGUAAUGUUGCCGCCGAUCCCUUCUCGGCUUCAUAUCCUGGCGAUUGAGAACGAAUGGGUCAGAGGUGUUCCAGAGGAUGAGCGCUGCUCAAAGAGCGGUAGUAAACCAGAAACAGAAGCAAUAGAAGAAAUGUAGAACUGAAAAGAAUCUGGGAGCACCCUACAGCUGAAGUGAAGAUGCAGCGUCAGAUAUGAAAAUGUAGUUGUAAUGUCAGCAUAGUUGAUAUUUCCCGUGUGGAUGUAUAGCCAGUACUGUACUGCAACUGUUCUGUAAAUUCCUUAAAUUCCGGAAACAGGAUCAGACAAGUACCUUCUCUCGUUUUGUUCCCA